CAAUAUAACUUCGAGCGUUCUCAAAUUAAAUUUGUUUAAAUUUUCUAUAAUACGUUUAUAAUAUUUUACUUUGAUGAAAUUUUACAAUUUCUAUUUUAUAAUACAGUUACAAAUAAAUUUGAGAUACGACUUGAUCUAACCUAAACGCAUAAGUGUUAAUCAACACGAUAUUGAAGGCACACGCGUAUUACCUGUUACUAGAGGUUAUUAAUGUGAAGAAUGUUCCCUUAUAAAGAAUUUCAAGCAAUUGUGCUUGCUGCAGGAGGAGGAUCUCGUAUGACUGAACUUACUCGAGGUCAAUAUAAAUGUUUAUUACCAAUUGGAAAUAUACCAAUGAUUUGGUAUCCUCUUCAAUUAUUGGAACGGGCUGGUUUUAAAGAAGCUAUUGUUAUUAUAUCUGAAAAUAUGGAGCACAAUAUCUCAUUAACAUUAUGUGAUUUAAAUCUUAAAAUUAAAACAGAUAUUGUUAUUGUCAAAAAUGCAGAAGAUAUGGGAACAGCAGAUUCUAUUAGACUUAUUCAUGAAAAAAUUCAUACAGAUUUUAUAGUGAUUUCUUGUGAUUUAAUCACUAAUAUUGAUAUAUGUGAAAUUUUAAAUCUUUAUAGAAAACAUAAUGCUAGUAUUACAGCAUUAAUGUUGCCUGUUCCUAAAAUACCAGAUGAUUUUAUAACUCCAGGUCCAAAAAACAAACAAAAGCCUGAAACUGAUUUAAUUGGUAUUUGUAAUGAAACUGGCCGUUUAAUUUUCUUAGCAUCAGCAUCAGACUUCGAAGAAACAAUAAAAAUUACACAAACAUUACUCAAAAAGCAUCCAAGUUUUACUAUGCAUUCAAAAUUAAUGGAUUCCCAUUUAUAUGUUAUUAAUAAAUGGGUUUUAGAUUUUCUUGUACACAAUAAAAAUUUUACUACAUUAAAAGGAGAACUUCUUCCAUAUAUCGUUAGCAAGCAAUUUUCGAAACCUCCCAAACAAUGUCUAGAUGAUAAAAAUACUUCUAUAGUACGUAUGAAUUUAAAGGAAGAUGUUUAUCGUUUUGCAAUUGAAAAACCACUUGAUGAAUUAAUUAGAAAAAUGUCAGCAUUCAAUGAUCAUAAUACUGAUUUAGAAGAUGCAUAUCAUGGAGAUAUAAUACGAUGUUAUGCUUAUAUUGGUAAUGGAAAAUUUGGUUUGAGAACAAAUACUAUACAAAUGUAUCAUCUUGCUAAUACUAAGAUAUCAGAAUGGUGGAAUGAGGAUAAUGAUGGACAAUCAUUACCAAAUAUUGCAACUACAGCAAUAAUACGCAGUUCACAAAUACAAGAUUGUCGUGUACAUAAUAAUUCAUUUAUCGAUGAUAAAACAUCUAUUAAAAAUACUCAUAUUGGACAAAACGUAACUAUUGAAUCAAAAACUAGAAUAUCUCAAAGUAUUUUAAUGGAAGCUGUAACAGUCAGGCAACGAUGCAUAAUACAUAAUUGCAUAUUGUGUAAAGGUUGUUUUAUUGAAGAGGGCACAGAAUUGAAAGAUUGUAUAAUUGGUCCUAUGCAUGUUGUAACAUCUGGUAGUCAAUAUUCUCAUGAAGUGCUUACUGAUUCAAAUGAUCUAAUAACGAAGGAACAUAAGGUUUUGGAACAACUAACCAUCUCUUUUAAGUUGUUUCUUCGUGCAAAAUGACGAAGGGUACAUCGAGUUUUGGUAAGCGACGAAAUAAAACACAUACUUUGUGUAGACGAUGUGGUCGCAGUUCAUAUCAUAUUCAAAAAUCACAAUGUGCUCAAUGUGGAUAUCCUCAGAAGAAAAUGCGAUCGU